CACUGAAUGUGUCUCGGUUGUUAACAAACACAGAUCCACGGAAUCAAGAUUUUUCUCUUUCGUGGCGUGCCAUAUCAGCCACUCCACUGAGAAUCGGAGCUGAUUUCUGAGGGGAGCAGAGUAGCUUCGAGGCAUUUCUACCGUUGGAUGACAAUACUUUUUUAACUAUGGCACCGAAGAAGUCAAGGACUCGCCGGACUAGAGUGUUUCCCAACCGGAGGAAUGGCCACCGGCCGCCAAGUUGUAUGGCGGGUAGGAGACACUCGCACUUCUUCAAGAUCAUACUCCCUUCUUCCAUUGACGGCAAGAAACUGAGGAUCCCUGUAAAGUUUGUAAUGGAAUUUGGGGAUGAACUGUCUGAUGUUGCCACACUCACUGUUCCUAAUGGUCAUCUUUGGCAAGUGGGAUUGGAGAAAGGCAACAAGGAGAUUUGGUUUGAUGAUGGCUGGCAGGAUUUUAUGGAACACCAUUCUAUUAAUUAUGGCUACUUUUUAGUCUUCAGAUAUGAAGGGAAUUCAAAGUUCCAUGUUCUUGUGUUUGAUAAUACUGCAACUGAGAUUCAGUAUCCACGGAGCAAGAAUUGCAAAUUGGAAGAUGAGGUGGACAAGUUGAAGGAAAAUGAAAUGUCUAACUCAGAUAAGCUGUUCCCAAAACAUGAAGUAGAUGGGGGAACAUAUGUUAGGGAAAGAUUUUCUGGUACAUCUUCAAAAGGAAGACUCAUGAUGUCCAGAGGAAGAGGCAGAGCAAUCAAAGCAGCCAGACUGUUGAAGCCUAAAAGUCCUUGGUUCAUGGCCAUCUUGCGCCCAUAUCAUAUACGUGGUACUCUGUAUGUUCCUGUCGGAUUUGCUAGCAAGUAUCUUAGUGGUCAUCCGUUUGUCAAACUUGAGACUUGUGAUGGAAAACAAUGGCGUGGCCGAUGCUGUGAGCAUCGUGGUGGUAGCUCAAAGUCAGGAAAAACUGUAGGGUGGGGUCAGUUUUGCAGAGACAAUAAGUUAGAAGAAGGAGAUGUGUGUGUGUUUGAGCUGAUCAAGAGGAAGCCUGUUGUGCUUAAGGUCUCAAUAUUUCACUCGGUUGACUAUGCAGUUAACUAACUUGCACACAUAACUUGUCUCUGCUAUAUUUUGGUUUUUUGUCCACUGCUAUGGCUUGUACUGAUGGGUUCCUGAUGCAAGAACUUUUGUCUAAGUUUCCUGUGCAUAUAUAGAACUCGAACCCUUUAGCUAUCUGAUAAAUCAUUUUCAUGGUGGAUUAUGAAGAUCGAAAUUAGUGUGAAAUAUUGAAAUUCUGUUGCACAUUAUGUUGUAUACGUCAUAAAG